AAUUUCAUCGUCCAUGUCGUAAAAGAGAAAGCAAGGACUGGAAGUAGAGAGAGAGAGAGAGAGAGAGAGAGAAAUUUCCAGCCAUCGUCGCCUCCGAUUCCCGCCGGCGGCCGCUUCGCCGGAAUGAUGGCGGCGACGGUCGACUUCGUGGAGGCGGACAACGCGGAGGCCAUCAUCAGCAGGAUCGAGCACAAGUCCCGCAAGAUCGAGAGCUUGCUCAAGCAGUCGAGGCCGGUGGAGGCUCUCAAGACCGCCCUCGAAGGGUCGCCUCCGAACACGCGGGACGAGCGAUGCAAGUCGGCGAACUGGAUAGUGGUGCACAGAGCGAUAAUGGCGAUAAAGGAUCUGGACGCCCUGUUCUCCUCCUUGGAUCCCGAGUACUACGACAUCCUGAUGAAAUACUUGUACAGAGGCUUGUCUACAGGGGAUCGCCCCACCUGUGACCAAUGCCUGCGGAUUCAUGAAAGACUCACAGAGAGGGCAGGCUUGGGGUGCAUACUUCGUUCCUUAGCGGACACCAUGAAUACAGUAUGAUGAUUGUUGAUAGCUUGAUCUGAAGAGAGAGAAGUUUUCACUGUAUUAUUACUCACCUCCCUUUCCUGUAGAUUUGGGCUGCGGUGUAUCUGUCAUCAACAUGAAUUCAUCAGUAUUAUGCUUUAUUAGGAACCAUCGUCUCCGAUUCCUUACGAAGCUAUACUUGCUUCA